AUGACUCUUAUUAUUAGGUCUGAUAAUGACUAUCAAGCCCAAGGUCUUACAACUACUGUUGGACCUCAAAUUACUCAAAAUAAUUCCAUCAGUAUAUCCAUUGCGGCUCAAAGAUAUAACUAUUUGGUUGAAGGUGGUAAUCCUUUUAGUGGAUUGCAAGAUUCGGAAAUUCCGCUACAGAAUGUCGAAUUUUCAACUGCAAUUAUUUCGGGAACCUCUUUUUCAUAA